AUGUCUGUAUUUAAGAUUGAAACAAACACCACUUCUAAGAUAAUGGAAAAGGAAGUCAAUGAUGUAAAAUAGUUUUGAUUAUAUUAUCUGACUUCUUGGAACAAUAUAUAAUACACUUGUGCUGAAUGUGGACUUUAGAACAUGCAGUAAUCAAUACAUUUAUACUGUCACGUAAAAUUUAUCAAAUGUUAUCGUUGUACAAAUAAGAUUGCCAAUAACAAUUACUAAUUAAUAGCCUAGAAUCGUAAAACACAAUUAGUUUGUUCUAAAACUUCAAAAAUUAUCCAUUAAAUAUUUUACUAAUGUAUUUUACAAUGUAUUUUGCAAUGUAUUUUACUAUUAAUUUUAUUUCAUUAAUGACGAUAUGUGAGUAUUGAUCAUGAAUUUUCAAUGAUGAUAUUGCAAUAAAAUUUUAUCAUUGCUCUAUAAAAUAUAAAUAUUUUACAGAUAAGAAUAAUGAUAAAAUAUCUGAAAUGUUUAUUUCAAAAAACACAAAUACACGGUAAAAGUAUAUAAUAAAGUAAUAUAAUAAGUAAUUCAAUGAACGAGAAAAUUUAAAAAGUUUAUUAUAGAAAUUGCUUCUUCAAUCAUUUUUAUAUCUAACAAUAUAGAAAUAAAUACAUUUCUGAUAAUGUGAAUAUUCAUAAAUGUGAAUAAUAAAACAAUGAGAACUGAAAUAAAUAUGAAUAAUGACACACUGAGAAUUGUGAAAUCAUAUUCCGUGACAAAUAAGUUCAGUUAUCUAAAAUGACUAAAGCUGGACAAAGAGAGAUAACGUGCAAACUCAUGCUCUUUCCCAAUAACAAAAAAAUACAUGAAUUUUUUUAAAAUUUUACACUUAUAUUUUUGUAAAUGUAUAUAUUUCAUAUUUUUAUCUUUUUUUGUACAUCUAUAAACAAUAUCUACAUUAUAUGAAAAUUAAUAUAUGUAUGAAAAAACAUAAAUUAUAGAGGUGUUUACAAUAACACAGAUUAUUGAAGUUCAUUUAAUUUUUAAUAUUGUUAUUUAAGACAUAUUAUAAUUUUACUUUAAAGAAAAUAAUGUAAUAUUACAUACAUAUAAUACGCUUUGUGGAAUUAUUUCUGAAGAAUAUACGCAUCAAGUUGUUGCAUCACGACACAAACAAAUUACUACUACGUUCUUCCGCGAUAUUAUUAGAAAUACAAUGCAGUUUGUUCAAAAAUAAUAUCGGUUUUAAAAAUGGAGAAUAUAAGGAACCACAAUGGAAUCUAUCGAAAAAUGUCAUGCUAACCUCAAUUGUUUUUUAUAUAGAAUGUCAUAAAAAAAAAAAACAUUUGAAGCAAAUACUGUAAGAAAAAUGAUAGACUUACAUUUAAGUUUAUCUCCUAAU